AUGUCCUCGAGGGGUGCCGGGGGUGAGAAGGGGGUAGGGAGGGGGUCAGUGGAUGGGACAGGAGGCAAGGAGGGUAUUGGGAAAGAGGGAGCUUGUAGAUUGAGGAUCGGGUCGUGGAACAUAGGCACACUGACGGGUAAGUCUAUUGAGUUGGUGAAGAUUCUUCAGAAGAGAAAGGUAAAUAUAUCUUGUGUCCAGGAGACUAGGUGGGCAGGGUCGAAGGCGAGGAAUGCGGACGGGUAUAAGUUGUGGUACUCUAGAGUCGUGAGGGGUAAGAAUGGAGUGGGUAACUUGGUGGAUAGGGAUCUUAGAGAGUCUGUGGUUGAGGUUAGGCGAGUGAAUGAGGUUGUGCGUAGUAUUCCACCUAUUGAAAGGUUAUUUAUUGGAGGGGAUUUUAAUGGCCAUAUUGGGUCGGCUGCUGGUAGCUGUGGCGAAGUGCAUGGUGGCUUUGGCCUUGGGGAUAGGAAUGGAGGAGGUACUUCGCUGUUAGAUUUCGCUAAGGCUUUCGAGCUGGUGAUUGCGAACUCGACUUUUUCGAAGAGGGAUAAGCAUUUGGUUACUUUCCAGAGUUCGGCGGUGAAGACUCAAAUUGAUUACCUUCUCCUUAGAAGGUGUGAUAGAGGGUUGUGCAAGGAUUGCAAGGUUAUCCUGGGAGAGACCCUCGCGACUCAGCAUAGGCUUUUAGUGAUGGACAUCGACAUUAUGAUGAAGAGGCAGAAGAGGUAUGCUCGUGGUCGACCGAGGAUUAGAUGGGGAGCUUUAACCGAGGAUAAAGCCCAAGACUUGGAGGGGAGGUUAUCCACUAUGGGAGCUUGGAGGAGUAGUGGAGAUGCGAGCACUAUGUGGUCAACGACGGCGAACUACGUGAGGGAGGCGGCGAGAGAGGUGCUAGGGAUAUCGAAGGGUUUUUCUGGUAGGCAUCAAGGUGACUGGUGGUGGAAUGACGUAGUCCAAAGUAAAGUGUAG